GGAUCUGAGUGAGGCAUACUUCUGACAGUAGCCAAACGAUGAGCGAGAACCCCACCACCAACCUUACCACUGGAGAUGCUCCCACUGGUCCCACCACACCACGGAAGGGCCCUCCCAAGUUCAAGCAGAGACAGACAAGGCAGUUCAAGAGCAAGCCUCCUAAAAAAGGAGUAAAAGGGUUUGGAGAUGACAUCCCAGGCAUGGAGGGGCUGGGCACAGAUAUCACGGUGAUUUGCCCAUGGGAAGCUUUCAGCCAUCUGGAACUGCACGAGCUGGCCCAGUUUGGGAUCAUCUAAGGCUCCAGCAUCUCUACUGGUGUCACCUGGUGACUCCACAGGUGCCAGCAUGGUCUUCAUCACCUUUGACACUGAUUUCUGGCCCUUAUAGCCACUUGCUCAUGCGCAGGGUGUUUUUGUAAGAGCUAGUUAUGAGAACGUCCUUUGCAAAUUAAUUUGGCAAAGAAGUUAUUCAGGACCCUGAACAGAUUGCAUGCUCCAUGUGAAGAAACUACUGAAAAUGUCUUAAUGCCUCCCUGCACCAUACCCUAUCUUCUCCCACUGUUGUAGAUCUUCACGUGUGUGGAAAAAAUAGGUCUCAUUUAAGCUUUUCUCCUGGUUAGCUGAGAUAGUGUGUGCAUGGGUGUGCAUGUAUGCCCAGACCUAAUUAUAUCAAACUCAUUCUUUUUUCUUCCUUCCCUCUCUGACAGCUUUCUAUAUAGGAUUUCCAUGGGUAUGUUGCCACGUUAUCUGGGACACCAAUUAGUUGCCAGGAGUGCAUCUGUAGAAACAAAAUCAGAGUAACUAGUUCAGACAUUGGGCUACUUUUAUGUGGGAGAGCCUUCCCCAGGGAUUCACCAUCAGAACUUGCUGCUAAGAUGCACCUCACCAAGAAAGGGGGAAAGGGCUUAGAAACGUUCUUUCUGCCCACCAGCUAUGGGUCACGAGACUCCGGCUGUUGUAAUCCUGUUAAAUGAAAAUGUGUGUGUCUGAGAUCAAAAGCUAAAUGAAUUAAUCCUGCUUUUCAUUCCUUUCUGCUCCCGAGUGGCUGUGAUGCCAAAGAAACAACCCUCCACAUGACAUUGUGUGUCCUUUCCUUAGGCAGCAGGCCCCUGCAUGACAUUUGCACUGUCCCCAAACCCAUACAUAUUUACAUGAGGAGUUUGUUUCCAAGGACACGCUGCUGGUUACAAAGACAAAAAAUCAUUACCAUUUGCCACCAGAUAGUGUUGGUAGUUCCGUCUCAUCUAGCAGAAGAUGGCAUUGCAUUAGUUAGCAUGUGCAAGUCUAUCUCACUGCACUCAGCUGCAGGAAGGCUCUUCUCAACCUCUGCCAGCUCCAAGCUCCAGAGCCCAUCUGGAUGUUCCCCAGGGAGAGAUAAGAGCAGAGCAGGUGGGAGGCAGGGGGAGGUUAGGAUGUGGGUUUGCAGGCAAGCACAGAGCAAAUCCACUUAACCUUAUCGAUUUGUGUCUCCUGGUCUCUGGCAGUCUCAGCACUGGUGAGCAGCGAGGGAAGGCACCCACAUUCCCUUCUGCCCUGCGCUAAGGAAGGAGUUUCAUUUUGGUCAGAGGCAAGCAGCAGGCGCUGUUGUAGCUACGUGAUAUGCAUAAGAGCAGACGGCAUUUUUUAUCAUUGCCUUCAGCUUCACAAGCCUCAGUGCAUACGAACCGCCUCCCCCUGGUUUGUCUUUCCUGUGCUGAGAAUGUUCAUGAGCAGCAAGGAAUGGCUGUGAGGAGGAAAGCAAGUCCUGCCUAGAAGAUCAAUCCCCACACAUAAAGCAUUGCUAUAAAUCCACAGCUGUGCUAUAGUUACCAGCUGCUGUCAUGGCAGAAGUAAAAGCCAGCAGUUUUCAUGUAAAAUAUAGCUCCAGCACCAGAAGCUGAAGGAAAUUCUCACUGGCAGCCCUGAGUAGAGCUUUUAUUAUUCAGUGCUCCUGUCACUAGCAGCAGCAGCAAAGCAGCGAGUGGCUCAGAACAGCAGUGCAAUCACAGCACUGGAGUCAUGUAUCAUUUAGCUAAUUGCUGCACACAGCUAUUUCCAUGGGCAGAGGCAAGUGUGUGCUUUCUGCUUGCUCCUCAUUUCUCACACCUUUCAUAUCUUUUAAGGCUUUUCUUCUUUCCGUAUGUGUUCUGAAUGUAAGUGAUAUUUUAUUUAGCUUUUACAGCAGGAGACUGACUUUAUUUUUCCUCGAGCAUGUGCUAGCCCUCUCCUUUUGUGGUUAAAUGCGAAUGUUCCUAUGUCAGUGCUCUUGUGCUUUUCCUUCCAUUUCACUGUCCUGUAGAAUGUGAUCCUUAUUUCAUGUUCUCAGUCUGUGAAAAGACCCAUUGGAUCCAGGUUUGCAUCCUGCAAACUGGCUGCCUCUAUUUCCAUGGAGCUUUUCCUUUUUUAAGCAGGAGUACACCAAGAGGAGAACCUUCAAAUUAGUUCUUUUGCUCACUUGUCAUCCCAGGCCUUGGGAAAGCAGUACAAAAAUAAUGAGAUUCUCAGUUAGAAAACACUGGGGUAAAAGCAAAGCUCUCCUUAGCCUAGAGACUGAAGUGUUUCAGCAAAGGGGAAGGUCUUGAUGUAGUUCCAUAUCGGACUGCCAUAACCCCUGCUCCCAGCAGAACCACACCUCCAAUGGGAACGCACACAUACCCCCGUCCCAUGCCUGGCUGAGGAGCUUUGCCAGAAGAUGCUUUGAGUCACCACAGUUUGUUAGUUAUUUUUAAAAUAAUUUAUAUGCAUUAAUAGGAAUGACAUUUGUUCCUUUAUUUGUAAGGAGUUCAAAGAGUUAGGAGUUUUGAAACAUUCUCACGGUUGUUUUGUCUGAGACUCAGAGUUUUUUCUAACAAGAUGUAACUCCUGAAGCUGCAAUUUCUCAAGUAGUAAGAGAUGGCUGUGGUGCAAGAAAGCAAAUAUAUUUAAAUAGUUUCUAGAAGGACUUUAGUCUAUAUACAUUGAAAUAUGUUAUCCUUUGUUCUUUUACUAU